GUUCUAAGGGACGUUAACCAAAAGAUAAAGUUGACUUCAAUACAAGUUGAUGUUUACUUAUUUGUCAUCAAAUAUUUACACUAAUAACUAUACCUUUUCUGUGUGCGUGCAUAACAUAAACCUAGCAUUACCUGAUUAAGUUAGGUACUCAAGGUAUUCCGAGUGUACCUAAGUUGGCUUCUACAUAUUUAUCAUUACGGCCCGCCGCUCCCUCCACGCGGCCGAUAUGACAUCCAGAGGCGGAAACAUGGAUCGCACCAUCAUCAUGCAAGGCUCGGGGUCCGGGGCGGCAAGACCCUCGAUGGCGCCGCAGAACUCCAGCUCCGGCCCCGGUAGCGUGGUCAAGACCCGGCAACUGACGCAUCUUCACUCGCAACUCGCUCAACUCUCGGCGAACUUGGCUGAUACGGAAAACCUCUUGCGCAUGACGAGCGUGCAGGCCGAGGCUAUGAGAGGACUGGGGAGUUGGCACGGCGGAUUGUUCAUGGCUGCGAGCAAAGUGCUAGGCGAAGAGUCGGUCAAGGAACAAGCGCAGACGCAACAACGGCCAGGGAGAAGCUAGGGAUAGGAUAAAGCCAUCAUGCUUUAGUUUGGGGAGACAUGCCGUCUAGCGAUGAUGAAAUAUGCGCUUCCUAAAGUUGGGUGCGGCAUGUUGUUUCUACAAGUAACGACUCCUUAGCCCUCAGUCGUACUGAGAGACGAGAACUAGGUACCUAGGGACUAAUAAGUCGAUAUUAUGGGAUUUAGUAGGUUAGGUUCCUCCUAGGAGAUACCAUAUUGGCGCUGAGGACUAUAACUUACACCAACUCCCAAAUGCAUGAUUUCAUUACGAGACGGGUUAAGACGAAUAUAUAUGCAAAAGAUGAGAGAAUUAUAGGU